GCGGCCCCUCCCGCGGGGCGGGGGCCGGGCGGGCGGGGCGCGCUGCGGGCUCGCCGGGUACCAGCGCUGCCGCAUCCCUGCGCGAUCCCCGCCCCCGCGCCGCUCCCGUUCCCGCAGCCCGCGGCGGCGUCCCGGCGAGGCCUGGCAGGUCCAACCCGAGCGCGGCUCUGUCCAGUUGGGCGGCAGCGGCGGCGGCGGGCGCAGAGCGGAGAUGCGGCGGCUCGGGGGCACCCUGCUGUGCCUGCUGCUGGCGGCGGCGGUCCCCACGGCCCCUGCGCCGGCUCCCACGGCGACCGCGGCUCCCGUCGAGCCCGGCCCGGCUCUCAGCUACCCGCAGGAGGAGGCCACCCUCAACGAGAUGUUCCGCGAGGUUGAGGAGCUGAUGGAGGACACGCAGCACAAACUGCGCAGCGCCGUGGAAGAGAUGGAAGCAGAAGAAGCUGCUGCUAAAACAUCGUCAGAAGUGAACGUGGCAAAAUUACCUUCCAGUUAUCACAAUGAGACCAACACAGAAACCAAGAUUGGAAAUAAUACCAUCCACGUGCACCGAGAAAUUCACAAGAUCACCAACAACCAGACUGGACAGACGGUCUUUUCGGAGACAGUCAUCACGUCUGUGGGAGACGAAGAAGCCAAAAGGAGCCACGAGUGCAUCAUUGACGAGGACUGCGGGCCCGCCAGGUAUUGCCAGUUUGCUAGCUUCGAGUACACCUGCCAGCCUUGCCGGGACCAGCAGACGCUCUGCACCCGGGACAGUGAGUGCUGUGGAGACCAGCUGUGCGUCUGGGGUCACUGCACCAAGGCAGCCACCAGAGGCGGCAACGGGACCAUCUGUGACAACCAGAGGGACUGCCAGCCUGGGCUGUGCUGUGCCUUCCAGAGAGGUCUCUUGUUUCCUGUGUGCACACCCCUGCCCGUGGAGGGUGAGCUGUGCCAUGACCCCGCCAGCCGGCUUCUGGACCUCAUCACCUGGGAGUUAGAGCCUGAUGGAGCUCUGGACCGAUGUCCGUGUGCCAGUGGCCUUCUCUGCCAACCCCACAGCCACAGCCUGGUGUACGUGUGCAAGCCGGCCUUCAUCGGGAGCCGUGGUGAGGACGGAGAGAGCCUGGUGCCCAGAGGGGCCCCCAACGAGUACGAAGAUGGCAGCUUCAUUGAGGAGGUGCGCCAGGAGCUGGAGAACCUGGAGAGGAGCCUGUCUGUGGAAAUGGCUCUCGGGGAGCCCGGUGCUGCCUCUGAGCUGCUGGAGGGAGAAGAGAUUUAGACCCAGGCUUGUUUUGUGGGUAGACAUGCAAUAGAAAUAGCUAAUUUAUUUCCCCAGCUGUGUCCUCUAGGUGUGGGCUUUACCGGGCUUUUUCCACGGCCUCUUCCCAGUACAUGUUCCCUCUGGCUUGAAACAAAAUGAGGUGCUGUGUAUUUGCCCAACAUCCCCCCGCCCCCAGACUGUGCACGGUUCCCGUGCCUGGGGAAGAUGGGGGUGUAUGGGAGGGUGGAGGGCUGCUAAACCGGUCCAGAUCAUUGGCUGCUUUGCCUCUGCUGGUUGGCACCUGGCACAUUUCAUUUUGUUCUACAUCCCUUGGAGAAUUGUUGGAGGGGAGGCAAGGGGAAAGGAUGCAGAUUUCCCCAUGAUGGGUUUUGGGGAAAUGUUGACUCUUACACAUGUGGAGAAGAGUGCCCUGCUUUGCAAACGUAAACCUGGUGAAAAUGUAACAAGUGGCUUUUCCACGCAUUUCUUCCCACAGGCACAGGCAGGCUGUGCCUUCAGCUGCUGUGGGUGACGUGUUCUGUGCACUCUGUGUUCCAUGUGUCCCUGUUCUUUCAUCAGUGUUACUCGGCUCCUACCUCUGUGCCAGGGGAGCAGUUCUGCAUCACUUGCCAGUCCGGUGAGGAGGGUGGUGGUCUCCCCAUCUGUCAGGAUUUUGGUGUCUCAGAGACAUCAAGUUGCUUGCCCAAGUCACACAGCUAGUGAAGAUCAGAGCAAGAUGCACCCAGGUGUGAUUCCAAGCCCAGUGCUCUCCCCACCAGCCUUAGGGCCACGGAAAGCACUCCGUAAAAGGAGGGAGGAUGGGGUUUUUUUUGUUUGUUUUUGAAGCGUAUCUGGAAGUAAGGCCAACCUAGUUCACUGUAAGAUUAAACUUCUACUGGUAGAAAUAGCAUUCUCCUCAGUGUGGGGGUGGCCAUCAUUCUAGUGGAGACCAGCGAUAUUGACGCUGUCCCCCUGUGGCAGUUAGUUAUGUUAGUGACUUUGAAAGUACUACGAUUGGUGCAUAAGAUAUAUGUUAACUUGUCAGAAACAGUGACUGUAGGGCCAGGAUUAUAAAUGAAAUUUGCAAAAUCACUUACCAGCAACUGAAGACCAUUAUCAACCACGUGGAGAAAAUCAAACCAAGCAAGGCUCUAUGAAAUAUGGUUGUAACAUCCACACUGAGAGCACUGGACUGGAUGCUAUUCUGCAAAUGGUAUUUUCAGGUGCCAUUGACUGUUUCCAUCAUGUAUUCAUCCAGAGUUAAAUUUUAAAAUUGCACAUGAUUGUAUAAGCAUGCUUUGAGUUUUAAAUUAUGUAUAAACAUCUAUGUUGCAUUUAAAAAUCAAGCAUAAAUCACUUAGACGACUC